GCAAAGUGCAUGCACAUUUCGGCCUUGUUUGUCCCUAUAUUAUGCAAAAUUACAUGUAUAACUUUUCCGUGCUAAAUAAGUACUUAUUGCGAAAUUGAGUAUUUGCCAAAUAACUAAGUUUACAAGUGUUUCGCUCCUACUUACUCCGUCUUGAAUAGCAACAUGAGGAUAUGAUUGUACUUUUGUUACCUCCAAAUUGCUUGUUGUCCACGACAAAGGAAUUGUGAAGGCAGGGAAAUAAAACCUAGGUGAAAAAUAGCCGAAAUUGAUUUUCACUGUGACCAUUUCUUAUUCGGUAUCCAGUUUCGGUGGCAUUUUGUUUUUCUCUUCAAUUUAUUUCAUUCCAUUCCAUUCCAUUCGGCCGUUAAGAGGGAAAGUGGACGUUCAUGUUAAAUAGGAGAGAAAGCAAAAGAGUGUGUGGUUUGGUUUGUUGGGCAUGAACGGCGCAGUUAUUUUUAGCAGCGGUUAGAUUGAGAAGAGUAAUUACUUUAAUAGUGCGAGAACUGGUGGGUGUCAGUGUUGCUAUUUUGGUCUAGCUGCAUAUUAAAGUUGGAAGAAGUGGACUGGACUAGUGUGACUCGACGGGUCGGGGAGUGAAGUUGUGUAACAGUGACAGUGUCUCAAGUAGUCAUUGAUUGACCACAGUCUGUGGUCAGAUAAAUGACCAUGAUACAUCCCAUGGCAGAUCCCAUCCGACCCAUAAUGGAACAGCCAGAAAAGGACAAGGAUAACUUACUCCUCUCACCAACAAGUCAUCAUAAACCUCCGAGACGAGGGAGCCAAGGGAGGAUGGCGAGACCGGAAGCAAAUUGGGGAAUUGAAGAAUCUCUUCGAGGCGUAACUCACCUUUUCAUAAAGCAGUCCGUCAUGUCAGCCGAAUUCUUUGUAAACGCUUUGAACAAGUACGAAAUCCUGAACAGUAAUGGACAACGGGUUUUCUUAGCUGCGGAAACGACAGAUUUUCUCACCCGGUUGUGUUACGGGGGUUUCCAACCGUUCAAUAUUUCCGUGUACAAUUCCAAACCAAAUGUCACACUCGGACCAAAGAAUGAAAAGAAGUCGAAAAGUUUUUUGGAAGUCAUGAACAUGCAUGGGGUACCUGGAAUAUGCACAAAUCCUGGGCACAUAACCGUAACUGAUGGGACAAACCCGUUAGGAAGCAUACAACAAUUACAGAAGUAUGGGUCUCCUCUUUACUCUGUAAGAACCACGACGGGAAACGAAAUUUUGCAAAUUAGAGGUCCAGAUAUCGGGAGGUGUUGCUUUGGCUGGAGACCACUCAUUUCUUCCUUAGAAUUCGAAAUAAUUGAUCCGAAAGAUGAAACGAUGGUGGGGCGGAUAAUGAAGCAGUGGGGCGGUUUCGCAAGGGAAUUAUUCACAAAGGCGGACAUCUGGGGGCUGAAGGUGCCACCGGAUAUGGACACGUCGACGAAAGCUCUCCUCCUGGCGACAGUCUUCUUAAUCGAUUUCCAAUAUUUCGAGAGAUAAGUAGCCGCAGUCAGUAGCUGACGACGAAAAUAUUAAAGUUUAAUGCUCUUUGUGUGUGUUUGUAGCUCGUACAUAUUUAUUAAAGUGAACUAAAAAAUUACAUGUAUUCUGCGUGGGUUGGUUGGUCCAUGUAUUGUUUGGUUUGUGGUUCACGACGAUGUAAUUUAGAGCGUGCAAAAUUUCCAUAAUAAACUAAUUUCAUUUCAAAUUGAGUAGUUAUAAUAAUUAUUGCAAAUUAGUGGUAACAAUGAGUGGGAAUGAGUCAAUCCUAUAAGUGCAUAGUUAUAUAGUGGCACCUAAAUACUCUACAUUGCAAUUUCGUUGAGGAUUUUUUACCACACAAAAUAUCAUGUCUUGGCGUAAGAAUCGCAGAAUUUCUCCCGUAUUUAUCGGAGAACCGACCUUAUCUUGGGAGUAUCUUCCGUACCACAUUAGCACGCGGGAGGAAGGCGAGUAUUAAUAACAAAAAUAUCCAUUUAUCAAUUGAUAACAUCAUCAUAAUUAUUUAACGAUUUAGAAUCCCUCAUUUCACACAAAUCUAUAAAAUGUCCUGUUGAUUUAAAAAGUUUACUCUUUGUGGAGCACGUGUUCGUUAAGAAGGUGUCUUCCACUUUCUGGAUGGGUUGUUUCAGGAGAAGGAAAAAUUUCAAAAUCACCGACACUCGAGGAUCAACUUUAUUCAGUGUGAUAAAAUUUGUGGAAAAUUUCUCGUUCUGCCAAAGCGGAAAGUUUCCGAUACGGUACAACUUUUACUCGGAGCCAGAUGUCAGACUUAUCUUAACACUACGUGGACAUCCAGGUGUAUUUGGUGGCGGUGCGAAUUUGUCCACUAAACUCGUCCAAUCCCACGGCAAACUUCAUUUGGGAGAAAUAGUUCAGGAGAACCGUUAUUGUGACCCCAUUUUUACCCUGCUGAACCCCGAAGGCUUUAGAACGCUGAGCAUCCAAGGCCCCGAGGACGGAAAUUGUUGGGGUGUGACAAAAGACGCCGAAUUCAAUCUGUGUCAACACCACAUGGAUGAAACGGAGACGGAGAAAGUCGUCGUGAUUGGGAAAUUGAGACGGAACUAUAAAGUAAAACUAUCAGACUUUACAAAGUCGACCUUGGACAACAUGGAUAUUGGGACGAGGUGUAAAUGGUCGGUAGAAUUCCCGAAGGAUUUGGACCCGGUUCUGAAGGCGAUCGUGCUAAGCGGAUUAUUUCUCAUGGAGUCACAAUAUUACUGAAAAUAUUCAGCUAAAGUAUUCACUUGGAAAUUGUCCAGCUCAGGAAAUUUUUAUAGCCGAAUAAAAUGCAGACUGCGAACUAUUGUCAGAUUCCAGACACUUUA